AUGACAGACCAAGUUGAAUCACUCUGUCAACUUCUCAAAUCUGGAGAUUCAGAAACCGAAGCUUUAAAAGGUAAGAUUUUAGAAGAAAUACCAAAGAUUACAUUUAAACUAUCGCAGAGGACAACAUUUUUUGCGACGAAAGCUAUGUUGAGAUCUACACAUCUACUUGAGUUUGUUGCCGUAUUUUUGGACAACAACCAAGACGACACUCUAUCUCUGUUGUUACAAAGUGCCUAUUACUUUAAGAGGUACCCAAUUACAAGAGAUUUUCGAACAAUAGAGAAAAGAGAGUUGACGGAUCUACAAUUCAAAAGGCUAAGACGUUUACAGGAAUUAUUAUAUGAAACACAGUUGAAAAAUUUGGCGCUCUUGACUGUUGCUCAACUUUUGAACAAAUUUCUUGUGAUUUUUUCACACACCGAAAUUUUGAUGAGUAUUUUGAUAGCCAUUAGGGUAGUACAAAAAGACGAGAUCAUCCCGCCGAAAGUUGCAGAAAAAUUGUUUUUGGAGUAUUUUGUAAAUGAAGUGUCGGAGGAUGUAGGGAUUGAAAUGACGUCGUCAAACUACCCAACGGAGGAGUGGCUGGAAACAGAUGAAAUUCCAAAGGAAUGUCUCCCUAUAUUGACAGAUACUUAUAUCGACCUUUAUGACUACGUCAAAAGAAAUUACAUUUUGUAUAGAAAAGAGGCGUUUGACGCGGCGUGUGAAGACAUGGUGACGUCUCUUCAGCAAAUCGGAAUCGCAAAAUCCAAAGACAGCAUUCGAGUGAAAAGGUACGGAAAGCGAACAUUGCCUAUUAUCAGUUUUGAAACAACCUUUGUUGGGGGUGAAAAUAUUUCUGGUGGAGAAAGAGAUGUGCUUGGAGAGGUCACCGUCAAUCCAGUAGACGCCGCCGAGAUCGAUGGGAAGAAGGAAAAAUGGGAAUUUGUUCUUCACGAAAUCGUGUUUUUGGUUUCGUUUGAAGAGAACGGAAAAGUCAAAAAGGUGAGGGGAGGCGAAAUUUUGAAGAUAUGUGAUUUGGAAGGAAGAGAUGAAGCGCAAGGAAAGCUAAAAGGGAGUGGGAGAAAGUUACAGGUGAAAAUGGACGGCAAUCAGUAUGAAAAAGACCAAAAGAAGGAGUUCGGUGAAUAUCAUUUUGAUGUUCUUAUAAGUCGGGACAAAGAGGUCGGCACGUUCAAAAAGACGAUUGAAAAUGUAAAGGAAAUUAUGAAAAAAAAGAAGUUUGGUGAGAUAAGCCAGCAAAUGAGUGAUGUGCUACUUGGAAUUAAAAACAAACCAACUGUUGUCAACGAACAAAUAAAAUCUAUUCAAAUGGAGGAAGAGAGUCGACAAACAAAUACAGAGGGGUCAAAAGAUAAAGUCGAAACAAGCAAUGAAGGUAUUACACAUGAAACCAACCCGAGUUUCACUGCAAUAAUGAGUGGGCAAUUUCCGUGGAACCCCGAGCAAAAAGAGGUUUUAAACGGCUUUAUUUCAGGAGAGAGUAUGAAAGUUACAGGAAAGGAACGAACUGGAAAAAGCAGUUUAGUGACUCAGAUGGCGAUUUCAGCCUAUUCCCAGAAAAAGCGAGUGUUGGUUGUCACGCACUCAAAUUUGUGUUUGAACAACUUCGUCCAAGGGUUGGUAAGAAGUGGCGUGUAUGAUGGCAAAAUUGUUCGUCUUGGCCACGGCAAUCAAGAGCUCUUUGAAUCCUCGAAAAUUGAUUUCAGCAAACGUGGGCGCGUAGAGAAAGCACUUCAAGAGAGACAAAGUCUUCUCACUUAUCUUCAGAGUAUUGCCGAGAAAGUUGGUCUUCCACAACAAAAUUUUCAAAGUUUGCAACUUUCGUUGCAAUUCAUCAAAUCGUUAAAAGAACAAACAGCCGAGAAGAGCGGAGUGACUGACGAGCAACUUAGUGAAAUUGAAAAGGAAGUCAAGUUGCUUCUUCCGCUUGAAAUUUUUCGUUCGCAAAAGCAAAAAGAGAAUUAUAUUAUGAAUAAGUUUUGUCAAAUUGUGGCAAUGACGUCAACAUUUGUGUCAAUACAGUUCAACGACAUUGACCAACACUUCGAUUUGGUGAUUAUUGACGAGGCUGGUACGAUGUUAGAACUCGAGAUGGGGCUUCUUGUAAUGCUUAUGGGAAUUCAUGGAACAAAGCAAAUUAUAGCGGUUGGCAAUGAGAGUGAUAUUCCCUCAGUUAUACACGACAAAGAGACGAGCGAGUACACGCGACUUAACAAAGGGCUCUUCCAUCGAAUGUGUAAUGUUAAGACGAUCGACUUGAAAACUUCUUAUAAUUUAUGA